AUGUAUUGCAACUACUAUGGAAACUCCUGUGGGGGCUGCAGAUAUGGCUGUGCCUGGGGUUCUGUCUGUGGAUAUGAUAUUGGCUCUGGAUAUGGUUGUGGACAUGGCUCUGGCUGUGGCCAUAAUUAUGGAUAUGGCCUUGGCUGUGGAUGUGGUGGUGGAUAUGGCUCUGGCUCUGGCUGUGGCUGUGGCUGUGGAUAUGGCUCUGGCUCUGAUUAUUGCUGUGGAUAUGGCUCUGGCUGUGGCUAUGGUUGUGGAUAUGGCUCUGGCUGUGGAUAUGGCUCUGGCUGUGGCUAUGGUUGUGGAUAUGGCUCUGGCUGUGGAUAUGGCUCUGGCUGUGACUAUGGUUGUGGAUAUGGCUCUGGCUGUGGCUGUGGUUGUGGAUAUGGUUCUGGCUGUGGAUAUCAACCAUUUUGCUACAGAAGAUGCUAUUCGUCUUGCUGCUAA